UCAUUACUCGAAUCAUACGCUUGCCGAACCGUGAACACCAUUAAAGUGUAUUUUCAUCGAGCAUUGACGUCAAGGUAUAUACCCGGUAGGCGUAAAUACCUAUUAAAAUAAUACUCAUGUAUAAAACACUUAUAUACAUUUGAGGCUCUACAGUCUACACAUUAUAAAAAUGUGUCGCGGCAUGUCGACAUCGUUUUAAAUCUUAACAUGCGUGGGUAGUGCAUAUUUUUAUAGCCAACAUAUUAUAUUAUUCAGCCCCGAGAAUUAGACUAAUUCGAGUAAUUGUGAUUUUUCAACCAAUAAUACCAUGUCAACGAUGGACUCGAAAAAAUGUUGUAACAUACGCAGUGGUAUCAAAAUCAUAGCUAUACUGAACAUAUGCGUUUGGUCGUUAGCUAUUGUAUUGAAUAUAUUUUUUUUGAUAAUCAUAAUUAGAACAAAGGUUCAAUUAUUUUUCUCAGAUAAUGGAGCCGAAGAAAACACAAACAAUAGAACACACGCUAUUUAUGGUUUAUUAAGUUCAUCAUUUAUAGGAGUUAUUCUUCUUUAUUUCAACUUUUGUCUCGAGAAAUCAAUACAUGAAAAAAAUGUUCAAAAUAUCAAGCAUUGGUUAGUGAUUUAUUCAAUGAUUUUAAUACAUAUAUUAAUUUACUAUAGCUGUGCGGCAUUAUUAUCAAAUCAACCACUAUUCCUCUUGAGUAUUGGACUUAUCUCUAGUCUGAUUGUUUUGUUCAUGCUGAGCAUUGUGAAACGUUUUUAUCACGACGAACUCGGACACUUAGUCUCUGACAAUUCUACAAUUGACAAUAUUGUGACUCCAUCACAAUCCACGUGAAUGCAAUAUCUUACGUUCACGGAUUAACAAUGGAACCAAAAACUGAAACCCAGAUACAGUUAGACACUACAAAUGCUGCUAGAUAUACACAAUAACUAAUACUUAUUAUUGCAAAUGUCAUUCAAU